CACCGGGGUCUCCGUGCAUGCGGCUCGGGCUAUGACAGCCUCCGUGCUCCUCCACCCCCGCUGGAUCGAGCCCACCGUCAUGUUCCUGUACGACAACGGCGGCGGGCUGGUGGCCGACGAGCUGGGCAAGAACAUGGAAGGGGCGGCGGCGGCGGCGGCGGCGGCGGCGGCGGCGGCGGCGGCGGCGGCCGGGGCGGGGGGCGGGGGCUUCCAUCACCCGGCCGCCGCCGCCGCCGCCGCCGCCGCCUCGGGGGGGAACUUCUCGGUGGCGGCGGCGGCGGCGGCGGCGGCGGCGGCGGCGGCGGCCAACCAGUGCCGGAACCUCAUGGCGCACCCGGCGCCCCUCAACCCCGCCGCCUACAGCGGCCCGGGGGAGCCGGGCUCGGGCUCGGGCUCGGGCUCGGGCUCGGGCUCGGCCGCCUCGGCCCCCGGGGCCCCCGGGGCCGCCCCCGGAGCCGCCCCCGGAGCCGCCCCCGGGGCCGCCCCCGGAGCCCCUCCCGGGGCCGCCGCCGCCGCCGCCGCCGCCGAACCUGUCAAGCAGUGCAGCCCCUGCUCCGCCGCCGCCCAGUCCUCCUCGUCCGGGGCCGCCCUGCCCUACGGCUACUUCGGCAGCGGCUACUACCCCUGCGCCCGCAUGGGCCACCACCCCAACGCCAUCAAGUCGUGCGCCCAGCCCUCCGCCGCCGCCGCCGCCGCCGCCGCCGCCGCCUUCGCCGACAAGUACAUGGACACGUCGGGCCCCGCCGCCGCCGACGACUUCGGCUCCCGCGCCAAGGAGUUCGCCUUCUACCACCAGGGCUACGCGGCCGGGCCCUACCACCACCACCAGCCCGUGCCCGGCUACCUGGAGAUGCCCGUGGUGCCCGGCCUGGGGGGCCCCGCCGAGCCCCGCCACGAGCCCCUGGGGCUGCCCAUGGAGAGCUACCAGCCCUGGGCGCUGCCCAACGGCUGGAACGGCCAGGUGUACUGCCCCAAAGAGCAGCCCCAGCCUCCCCACCUCUGGAAGUCCACCCUGCCCGACGUGGUUUCGCAUCCCUCGGAUGCGAACUCUUACCGGCGUGGGAGGAAGAAACGGGUGCCUUAUACCAAGGUGCAGUUAAAAGAACUCGAAAGGGAAUAUGCUACAAAUAAAUUCAUUACCAAGGACAAACGAAGAAGGAUAUCCGCCACGACAAAUCUGUCUGAGCGACAGGUCACAAUCUGGUUCCAAAACAGAAGGGUCAAAGAGAAAAAAGUCAUCAACAAACUCAAGACGACCAGUUAAUGGAUUUAAAAAUGGAGAGAGUGGCAUCUUGGAAAAAAAAAAGUUUCAGAACUCACUGCCUUGCCCAGAUUAAG